AUGCCGAAAUUUGUUCCCCGUCAGAGAAAGCAGAAACACCGACAACAGCAGGCAUCCAAUGCUGUCGACUCGAAUGCGGCGGAGAUAGCGCCUCUCUCCAAGGACGAGAAGGAAGCGAGGAAGCAGAAACUCCGUGAUGAAUUGAAAGCGCAGCAUCCGAAGAUAUCUGCGAAAAAGCAGAAGCGCUUAGACAAGUAUAUUGAAAAUAAACUCAAGAAAGAAGAGAACAUCGAGCUCCUCAAGAAGCUUUCUCAGUCAAAAGUCGAGGUUACUGGUCUCCAAAGUUCGAAAGAGCUUGGAAAGCGAAAGAGGGAGGAUGAUGGCGAAACCCAAAGACACACAGUUGCCGCGGCCGACGAACCUCGUAAUGCGCCGGAUUGGUCGAGCGACGAGUCGGACGAUGAAUACUUGGCUUCGGGUAAAAAGGCCGACGCCGCGGAUCAAGUAGCGCCGGCUGUUAUGAGUGGAGUUGGGUUGAAGCGCCCUCUCGAGCUCGGACCGGACGGAUUCCCAAUUCUCAAAAAACGAAAGCGCGCGCCCAAAGCCAAGCCUGCAGUGACAGUAGAUGAGAUACCGUGGGAGGGCUUCGACGAGGAUAGCGAGAAGGGCGAGGAUAUUGAGCCCGAAGUUGGCACAGAAAACAAGACGGAGAACGACGAAUCAGGUCCAGACGCUUCGGAAGACUCGACAAGCGAAGAAGACGACGAAAGCGAAGACGAGGGCGAAGAUGACGAAGAGGAGGAGGACGAAGAGGACAGCGAUGAUGAUGAUGAUGACAACGACGAAGAAGAGGAUGAGGACGAUGAAGAAGAAGAAGAAGAAGAAGAAGAAGAAGAAGAAGAAGAGAAUAUCAAUGGACGUAUUAGACCUCGACAAUCGGCUUUUAAAUCCUGGGCAAGACAACAAAUCAAUGAAGCCGUUGGAUUUAAGCCUCAGACUGGCCCAAUAACUGCAGAACCGCAACAAGUUAUAGACCAGUCCAAGCUGCCUGUCAGGGAAAAGGAAGAGGAGCCGUUACCCCUCGAACUACAAGUGACCAAAGGAAACCCAUAUCGCAAGGCAUUCAGUGUCCAGGUCAACCGGCCCGAAGAAGUGCAGGAGGCGCGUCUUAAACUUCCGGUCGUCGGAGAGGAACAAAAGAUCAUGGAGGCCAUCCACAACAACUCGGCAAUCGUUAUUUGGGGAGCUACUGGUAGCGGAAAGACCACACAACUUCCGCAGUUCCUCUUCGAAGCUGGCCAUGGCAAUCCUGAGAGCGGAAACCCUGGCAUGAUUGGAGUCACCCAACCCCGUCGAGUCGCCGCAGUGAGUAUGGCGAAGCGUGUGGCCAACGAGCUUGGGCAGUUUUCUGAUCAAGUGUCCUACCAAAUUCGGUUUGAGAGCACAGCUACGAGCAAGACGGCUAUCAAGUUCAUGACGGAUGGUAUUCUCAUUCGAGAGAUCGCAGAGGACUUUUCCCUCAGCAAGUACUCCAUCAUCGUGAUUGAUGAAGCUCACGAACGGAGUGUCAACACCGACAUUCUCAUUGGCAUGGUCAGCCGUAUCGUCGACCUGCGCAAAACUAUGGCUGAAGAGGACCCCUCAGUCAAGCCCUUGAAACUUGUGAUCAUGUCUGCGACCCUACGCAUCUCUGAUUUUACACAGAAUCCAAGCCUCUUCCGGCAAGGUCCUCCCCCUCUCGUCCAGGCAGAGGGCCGCCAGUACCCCGUCACAAUUCACUUUGCUAGGCGCACGCACCGCGACUAUGUUGAAGAGGCAUUUAGAAAAGUUUCUAGAGGUCACCGCAAGCUGCCCCCAGGAGGGAUGCUUGUAUUUUUGACAGGUCAGAAUGAAAUCAGACAGCUCUCCAAGCGUUUGAAGCAGGCCUUCAAGCCAACGCAACGGGGUGAGGUAACCCAGGCUAAGGUCCAGAUUUCGGCGAAUGACGCGCCGUUAGAAACAGAGGACCUGGAAAUUGGUGAAGUUGAUAUUUCCAACGCCGCCGAUGUUGAGGAUGAGGACAGCGACCUUGAGAUUACAGGUCUCGACGACCCCGAAGAAGACGACGAAUUCGACAUUGGAGGAGACGAGGAAGCGAUGGAUGCGUCCACGAAAGUCCACGUGUUGCCUCUGUAUUCACAGCUCCCCACGAAAGAACAACUGCGGGUGUUCGAGCCACCUCCAGAGGGCUCGCGCCUGAUAGUGCUAGCGACAAACGUGGCGGAAACGAGUCUUACAAUCCCAGGCAUCAAGUAUGUCUUUGAUUGUGGUCGAGCAAAGGAAAAGCAGUAUGACUUGGAAACAGGCGUGCAGAAAUUCCAGAUCGACUGGAUUAGCAAGGCCAGCGCAAACCAGAGAGCCGGUCGUGCUGGUAGAACUGGGCCUGGCCACUGCUACCGGAUGUAUUCGUCCGCCAUCUAUGAAGGUGAAUUCGCCGAGUACACGGAACCAGAAAUUCUGAGGACGCCUAUUGAAGGUGUCGUCCUACAGAUGAAGAGCAUGGGCCUCCACAAUGUCAUCAAUUUCCCUUUUCCUACUCCCCCUAGCCGACAGGGUCUUGCAAAGGCAGAGAAGCUUUUGAAGAAUCUAGGUGCUCUCUCUUCUGACGGCAAGAUUACCCCCAUCGGUAACAGCCUAUCGACAUACCCUCUCUCCCCUAGAUUCGGCAAGAUGAUUUACGUCGGUCACCAGCAUGGCUGCAUGCCCUAUGUCAUUGCGCUCGUAGCCGCCCUGGCCGUCGGGGAUUUGUUCAUUCCCGAGAAUCAAAUCGACCCAGUCCCAGGCAAGGAACCGACAGACGGAGGUGUCUACAAAAACUCAGACCGUCUCGAAGACACAGCCCGCGAGAAGCGACAUAAGGAUUACGCGCGCGCCCACCGGCUCUUUGCCAAACACGACGCCACCUCCGACGCCCUCAAGUACCUCUCCUCCAUCUGCGCAUACGGCUACGCCUCGCCCUCAGACCCCGAUUCCUUCUGCGACAAGAUGUUCCUCCGUGCCAAAGCCCUCAAAGAAGCUACACAGCUUCGCCGCCAACUAACCGACAUCGUCCGCACGAACAACCCGGGUCUCGUCGAAUCAUACCAGGCCCGCCUCCCAGAACCAACAGAGAAGCAGGUCAAGGCGCUCAAGCAGAUCGUCACAGCGGGAUUCAUCGACAACGUCGCCAUCCGCGCGGACCUCGCCCCCGUCCCACCGGAGAUGCAGCGUACCCCAAAGCGCGCAAUCGACGUUCCCUACUUCACCCUCUUCCGCUCGCGCGAUGGCCCCGCAAAGGAGCUCAACGAGCGCGCUGUCUUCGUGCACCCCUCAUCGAUCAUCGCGAAGCUCUCACCCAAGGAAAUGCCGCAGUACAUCAUCUACUCGCAUCUCCAGCAGGCCGCGCCGUCAGUCGUCGCCGGUGACGUCCCGAAAAUCAGGAUGUACCCGCUCGUUACGCCGAGUGGGCUCCAGCUGUCUGCACUAGCGCAGGGGACCCCGCUGAUCGAGUAUGGGAAGCCGAUUGGGAAGAUCGAACAACUGGAGGGUGUGCCGGAGCGAAGGGCGUGCUAUGUUAUCCCAUCGCUGGUGGGAGAGGUCGGCAGUACUGGGUGGCCGUUGCCGGCGAAAAAGGUCGUUCAGAGGAAGGACCCGAAGGAGGGGUGGGUUAUUGAAAAGUUUGUCUCGUAG